AUGGUCCUCAAAGAGAGCCCUGGGGAACACCGGCCUGAGAACCACCAGGGGUGCUCCACAAAAUUCAGGCUCCCAGGUCCUGCCCAGAGCAGCGGGAUCCAGGGGAGGAGACCCACCCCGGCCUCGCCAGCCAGUUCUCAGGCCUUCUCCUCCAGAGCCUGGAGUCCGGCUGCAGAGACCCCGGUCAGCGGAGGGCUCAAGGCCGCGUCCCCACGCCUGACGCUUGGAGAGGCUCUGGCUGGGCGAGUGACCGGGUACCUGGUGUGCACCCGCUGUGAUGCAGCCCCUAGUUCUGGGAUCUUCCCGGAUGAGAGCCUGGCACGGGAGACUCCCGAAUUCUGUGGAGCUGCAGGCCCAGGCUCCAAUCAGGAGGCUGUGAUAAGCAGAAGGACAACCGGCCACGAGCCAGGGGCCAGUUCAAGACAGGACGUGGGUCGGGCGCGGGGCGGCUGGCGGGAGGCUGACUCCCCCGGAGAAGGUGCGUGCGGCCCACCCCACCGAGAACCGCCAGGCACGGGCGUCCUGGGCAGCACCCCGCGGGGACUCGGGAGGGAGGCGGGCGCCCCCCAGCCGCCCCGUCUUGCAGUGUUCCUGAGCCGGGAGCGCGCGCACGGCCUCCUGGCCCGCGUCCGCAGGGCCAACUCGUUCCUGGAGGAGCUGAAGAGAGGGAACCUCGAGAGAGAGUGCAUGGAGGAGAGCUGCACCUUCGAGGAGGCCCGGGAGGUCUUCGAGGACGCCGAGAGGACGAAUGAAUUCUGGAAUAAAUACAAAGAUGGCGACCAGUGUGACAACAGCCCUUGCCUGAAUGAGGGCACGUGUAAAGACGGCCUCGGGGAAUACAUGUGUACCUGCUUGGAAGGAUUUGAAGGCAAAAACUGUGAAUUUUCCACGCGGAAACUCUGCAGCCUGGACAAUGGGGACUGUGACCAGUUCUGCCGUGAGGAGCAGAACUCCGUGGUGUGUUCCUGUGCCAGGGGUUACAUCCUGGGUGACAACGGCAAGUCCUGCAUCUCCACAGAGCCUUUCCCCUGUGGGAAACUCACUCUAGGACGCAGGAAGAGGUCGGUGGACCAGGCCAUCCCCAGCAGUCAGGAGCCCCCCAAAACCGGCAUUACGAACCAGUACGACGACGGUGAAGACCUGAGUCCUACCAAAAGCCCGAGCGAGCUGCUGGACAGGAACAAGACAGAGACGAGCCUUGAGGACGACGGCAGUGUGGUCCGAAUAGUGGGCGGGAGGGACUGCACAGAGGGCGAGUGUCCCUGGCAGGCUCUACUCAUCAACGAGGAAAAUGAGGGCUUCUGCGGAGGUACCAUCCUGAGCGAGUUCUAUAUCCUCACCGCGGCUCACUGUCUCCACCAAGCCAAGAGGUUCAAGGUGAGGGUAGGUGACCGGAACACGGAGGUGGAGGAGGGCAACGAGAUGGUGCACGAGGUGGAGCUGAUCGUAAAGCACAACAAGUUCGUCAGGGAGACCUAUGACUUCGACAUCGCGGUGAUCAGGCUGAAGACGCCCAUCACCUUCCGCAUGAACGUGGCGCCCGCCUGCCUGCCCGAGAAGGACUGGGCUGAGUCCACGCUCAUGACGCAGAAGACGGGCAUCGUGAGUGGCUUCGGGCGCGUCCACGAGAAGGGCCGCCUGUCGGCCACCCUCAAGAUGCUGGUGGUGCCCUAUGUGGACAGGAACACGUGCAAGCUGUCCAGCAGCUUCACCAUCACCCAGAACAUGUUCUGCGCCGGCUACGACUCGAAGCCCCAGGACGCCUGUCAGGGGGACAGCGGGGGCCCCCACCUCACCCAGUUCAAGGACACCUAUUUCAUCACUGGCAUCGUCAGCUGGGGAGAAGGAUGUGCACGCAAAGGGAAGUACGGGGUCUACACCAAGGUCGCCAACUUCCUCAAGUGGAUCGAUAGGUCCAUGAAAGCCAGGGCCGGGGCCGGGGCCCAGGGGUAAGCAGGAGGCCCCUGUGCCUCACCCCCAUUAAAGUCGUUCUGCUGAAGACCCGCUGGCAGCCGCUGGCAUCUUCUUCUGUCUUAACACUUGCGUUCUGAGCAGGCUAAGUCCCGCCGUGGGCCUCCCGUCUGCAGUGAUUAGAUCUGUGUCCAUUCCUGAUCCCGGUGGUCUUCUGGCUCUGUUGAGUGAGAA